CCUGCUGACACUCCCGAGGCGGCGUUUGACAUGAUCGCUUCAUCAAACCUCGAGCCGGCAGCCACGCUGGAGCUCAACUCUGCUCCUGACCUUGAGACCGAAGCGCCAGCUGCAGCAGAGGAUCUAGAGGAAGUUCCCGCCAGCGAACCAGAAGAAAAGGUGGAGCAGGUUCUUCCAGAGGAGGAAGCAGAGGAGGAGGAGAUCCCCUUGGAUGAUGAGCAGGAGCCGGCAGCACCAGCGGAGCAGGAGCUCAGUCCUCCUGAGGUCCUGGCUCCAGUGGAGGAGCCCAUCGAGGCUCCAGUUCCAGCUCUGGUUGAGGAGCUCAUUGAGGAGCCGGCACCAGCACCUGCUCCUGCUCCGACUCCGGCCAAUACAGACGGAGUCAAUCUCAGCAUCAGCCAAGAUGUGGACGGGCUGAUCACGCAGGCCCUGCUGACCGGAGACUUCGAGGGCGCCGUGGAGCUCUGUCUCCAUGACAACCGGAUGGCAGACAGCAUCAUCCUGGCCAUCGCCGGAGGGGCCGAGCUGCUGGAGAAAACCCAGAGGAAGUAUUUUACGAAAACGCACAGCAAGAUAACCAAGCUGAUCAGCGCCGUGGUGAUGAAAGAUUGGCACGACAUCCUGAAGACGUGCGACCUGCAGAACUGGAGGGAAGCGCUGGCUGCUGUCAUGACCUACGCUCAGCCCGAGGAGUUCUCGUCCCUCUGUG